AGGGGCUCAGGGGAGGUGGAGGUGGCUGAGCAGCCGAGGUGUAUCGCCUCCCGGGUGCAGGGCUUGAGGACCUUAGAGAGGCUUUGUAGAGCUGUAUCCCCAUCCCGCGCCGCACACACGGUGUUUUCAGCAACAGGGUGAUCCUCCACGGAAUAAAGGAGCGAGACCCACAUUCCACUCCCCGCAGCAGCGACUUUUUCCUCGCGGGGGGAGAGGUUUUAUAAAACAAGAUGUCUUUUUUCCCGAAAAUCUCUUUCCAAGGGGAAGUUGAAAAAUAUCUCAGCAAAGUAUUCAGAAAUAAUGAGCUUAUCACUGCAUUAGGUACACAGGAGGCAGAGAGUAAAUAUCAGUCUCUGUUAAGUCAUCUAUCUCAUCCACCAGGUUUCACAACUGUCAGAGUUAAUACUCACUUAGCCUCAGUGGAACACGUGAAAAAAUUGCUCUUUGAAGAGAUCCAGAAGCAAUUUAAAGGACUAUAUGUUCCAAUCUUUGAGCACCCAAAACUCCAGGACAUCUUACUAAUUCCUGUCAUUGGACCCAGGCAAGAUUUAAAAAGCCAUGCAUCUGAGGUCAUUGUUGGAGCCCAGUGUGGAUAUGCAGUACUACGAGGAGCACAUGUUUAUGUCCCUGGAAUCCUAUCUACUUCACGAUUUUUGAAAGCUGGAGAUGUGGUCUCAGUGUAUUCAGAUAUUGAAGGGAAAUGUAAAAGAGGAGCUAAAGAAUUUGAAGGAGUCAAAGUUUUCCUUGGAAAUGGGAUUUCAGAACUGAGUCGCAGUGAAAUCUUCAGUUCAAGCGGCCCAUUGAAUGGGAUGGGCAUAAGAAUGACAGAGCCAGUCUACCUUAGUCCUUCCUUUGACAAUGUGCUCCCCAGUCAUUUGUUUUUACAGAACUUACCUUCUGUGGUUGUGAGCCACAUUUUAAACCCUCAACCAGGAGAGAGAAUUUUGGACAUGUGUGCUGCACCUGGAGGGAAGGCAACCCAUCUUGCAACACUGAUGCAUGACCAGGGUGAAGUCAUAGCCAUGGACAAGACAGCUAACAAGGUCAAAAAAAUUAAGCAGAAUGCUGAAUUGCUACAGUUGAAUUGCAUUAAGGCUUUUUGCUAUGAUGGAACAAAGGCACUUGCAGUUGAGAAGAGAGAUGAACAAGAAGGACCUCCAUUCUUACCGGAGUCAUUCCAUAGAAUUCUUCUUGAUGCUCCAUGUAGUGGGAUGGGACAGAGACCAAACAUGGUUUAUUCCUUGAGCUUAAAGGAAGUGACCUCUUACCAGCCACUGCAGCGCAAGCUUUUCACUGUGGCCGUGAACUUGCUGAAGCCAGGAGGUGUUUUAGUAUAUAGUACGUGUACAAUUACACUCUCUGAAAAUGAGGAGCAAGUUGCCUGGGCCCUCAGAACUUUCCCCUGCCUCCAGCUUCAGCCUCAGGAGCCUCACAUUGGAGGAGAAGGAAUGAGGGGAGCUGGACUCUCGCUUGCUCAGUUGAAGCUGCUGCAGAGAUUUGAUCCAUCUGCUGUGACGUUGCAAGGAAUGGAUAUUAAUUCUCUGCAAGAUUCCAAGGAAGAUGAUCUGAUUUCACUGGCAAAUAAGGACUGUAUAGGAUUUUUUAUUGCAAAAUUUAUGAAAUUGAACAGUAAAUAAGCCUUUAGGAGUGGAACCUGAAAAAAUACCUCUGUGGGUCUAAGAACAGUUCAGACGUGAAGUGUGUUUGGUACUGCUGCAGCGUUGCCAGGCCAACAGGCUGACGGCAGGGUUGCUAUGGCAGCAAUAAAAUCCCCCAGCUGUUCUGCUGGGAAGGAGCCACAGGUUGCAGAGAGAAAGUCCUGGCUGGGGGAAGGGCUGUAUCAGUUUUAAGUCUCCAUUUGCUUUUGUAUUUACGGCAAGUCAGUGCAUGAGCGACGAGUUACGUUCACUCACACUGCUGCCUGUUCGCUCUUUCCCCAUUUGAGUGGCUUACCUAGCUCAGCAGGCCUUGGAACAGGGCUUCUCUGGGAGGUGAAGUAAACUGCUUUAUGGAAUGCAAACAUAAAUAAAACAGAAGGGAACCAUGAUCAUGCAUUCUGGAAAAGUAGUUCCUAUGGAGGUUUACCAACAGGUAAUGUUUUGUUAAACUGCGCUUCAGGAAACAAUGUUAAUGUUUUACAAAGAACUGUUUUAUAAAUUGAUACUUAGAACCUCAUUUCUCUUUUAUUUUAAUACAAGCAAGAUUCUCUGUACACAUAGUAUAUACACAAAAAUACGAUUAGGCUUUGUAUAGCAUGUGUUUUAUAGCAGCAUGAAUAUAUUAAACCAUCUCACUCUGGGAAUGUAAAUAAAUACUGUUUCAACAUCAAA